CACCGCCGUCGCUAGUGGGCCCACACUUACACGGCAUUUGGCAUUUGCAUUGGCCCUGUCAAUCUCAACACCCCGCAGGAUACGGACAAGCGGACGGUUGAAUGAAACUGGCAAUACUGGCAACCUACACCAACGCACAAGAUGGCGCCUGCCGCGAACACAGCUAGACCGAGGAGGACUUCCGGAGGCGGACGGGCCACCGCUGAUUCGGAUUCCGACGCCGAAUAUCAAGCCUACAACGGCCGUCUGAAGGAAGCGAGCGCAGCCCGAGCCCGUCUGCGGAAGGCGAAACAAAGCCGAGACAAGCACCGCACCGCCCUCGCCACAGCGUAUGAGUCCUCCCUGAAGCAGAUCGAAUCCCGCAUCGAGAAAUCCGUGGCCAAGCACAAGGAUCUUCGCACGGCAAUGCACCUCUCGCACCUUACCCGCCUCAAACAGACGCUGGAUCGCCGCGACGAAGCGGCCGGCCAGAUCGCGCGCAAGCUGGCCGAGCACCAGCGCCGCAUGCUCAACCUGGCCAUCCAGCUGCGGGCGCUGUAUGAAGGGCGGAAGGAGGAUGUCGGCGCCCUGAUGGGGGAUGCAGCAGCGGUGCCAGGGGGAGGACCAGCGGGGACCGGGGAGGAGGUGCGUGAUGAAUGAUUUUGCUUUAUGGGCUGAUGAUGAUGAUGAUGAUGAUGAUGAUGAUGAUGAUGAUGAUGAUGAUGAUGAACUGGGUGCGUGUGCAUGGAGGCUGCCAGCGCGCCUGCUCCUCCUUGGUAGGUGGUCCGCCGGGCAGAUGAGGAGUGGUAGGGGUCCCGUUAUGGCGUUUCUAAGGGGUUGUUAUGGGCUUUGGGACCUCGGGUACGGUUUUGCUGGUGUUCGGGUCGGGCUGACUUCGCGCAUUGCUUGGUUGGUGAAUGAUACCCCCGGGGGUUGCGGAUAGGUGCUUAG